UUUGCAUUUUGCUCUUUAGCCUUGUGUCUUUUGCAUCUUGUUGGUUAGCAAUGGAGUUGGGUUGUUGAUGUUGAUGUGGGUGUAUCAGUCUUCGAUGCGACCCUUGCAAAGCUGGACAUGAGAUUGGGGGCCAUCCGAGCAGCUGCGCCACGGUGUACACGUACUUAUCACCUACGUAUAGUCGUCCUAGCAUUCGGGGAGCAAUGUUCAGGAUAGCACAUCACGAGGUUUCCGUUUGCUUCCACUCUAAGCUGAUGAUGGAUGCGGUCGGUGACAGUUAUACAACUCCUAUGUUUUGUCUCCACAGGGACAACUCCGCAUGCCGCUCUCAGCCGUGCGGGGUUCAGGUCUUGCCGAGCUUCACGGGGCUCAUUUGCCGAGGACCGCACGCCCCGCAUCACACCCCUCUUGGGGCUACCCCUACGCGUAGGAGCAGCCGUCGAGUUCCCGGAGAUGGUGGGUUGCAGUGUGCUCCGACUCAGCCUCCGAGGCGGGACGCUACAGCAAGGGCGGAGGAAGGGGCACGACUGUACAGUACACGGUAUUCUCCCUGUAUUAGUAUUAGUGGGGGACCAGCAUGUUCGGGGACAAUCUACAUGUAUAUUCAAGGGGCUCAAUGUGUUUCUCCUGAACCGUAUAUCCAGCUCAUACAGCUGGUACGAGUAGCUCUGUCUUGGACUCUGAACUGCUUGUUAUACUGCUAGUACUCGUCCUGCAGCCGUUGUCACACUCGCAACCAUGUCCCCUGAAUUCGAAGCCCGCAUCCAAAAGGCCGUUGACGAUGGCGCCAUCGCCGGCGCGGUCCUCCUCGCGCGAGACAAGUCUGGUACGGGGGCAUCUCCCUCACUCACCCCUUUGAAGGAGUAGUACCAGUACUAACUCACCUCCCCUC